AGGUAGGUUAUAAUGUUACACAACAAAUCCUGUUAGCAUUUUUUUUUCUGAUGUUCACCAGUACUUUGGAGUAUUAACAGUGGUCUCUGGUAUUGUAGGUGUGUAUUUGGAUGCACUGAUGAGAGGGCCGAAAACAGUGACGUCACUGCUCAGUGGACGUGUGUCCUGCCUCUUUAAUUCCAGUGCAGAGCAGGGGGCUGGACCGUGGCGCUGGAUGGUGAUUGCCGCCGCCCCCCCCCCCCCCCUCCUCCUGUUGGACUGUGGAUCCUUUGCAGCAGCCGCAGCAGCAGAUUGAAUGAAGUGCGGUUGCAGGCUGAUGCCACACGGAGGACGCCGUGUGGGCCUGUGGAGGAUGCAGGAGAUGUCCAGCCCGUAUGCAUGGUUAUGUUUGAGCUGUUGACUGAGUGUAUCAGAGUCUGCCCACAUUUUUGCUGUAGCUGGGGUUUUUUGGGGUGUUUUUUUUUAACUGCAGGGCCUUCAGAAGCCAAUCUCUGCUUUGAUGGUAUCUGGCACUGCUCAGACAACUGGCAGCUCCGCACGGAUGAUAAAGAACUUGGAAAAGGAACGGUCAAGAUGGCAGCUGUGUACAGAAUGAUAAAGCUGAUGCGGUGGCAUUAAACCUUGUCCUUCAGUCUUCAUUUCCUUGUGUAUGCACACCGCAGGAUCUUAAGUCUAGGACUCGGACGCUUGUAAAGGAACGUCGUUUGCACUCCAAGAUUCCGCUCAGGCUUUGUGUAGUUUACUUCACAUUGGAACAAAUUGCAGUGCAAGUUGUCCGGGGUGUGGGCUGUGCACAACAUACGCCAACGUUUAGUUAAUGCUGAUCCGCCCGAUCAUCAGCUGUGUGGAGUGGAUAGACCUACAGACACAGGGACACGUGUGGGACUGGGUUGCAGCCUGGGUAUUGGCAUACCGUGCAUUGGAAAGAACGUGUCCCUGAAGCCUGCAUAUAACAUUGAUGGAAUGCGACCUGACUGAUUUUCAAAUCCUUUGUGCAACAAAGAACUAUUGCGAUUAUCAUGGAUGAGGCAUCGCGCGGUGGGAACGAGCCGCCCCUCAGUGUGGAGAUAGAUCCGGAUUUCGAACCCCAGAAGAGGCCACGGUCCUGCACUUGGCCGCUGCCGUUGUCGGAAUCCGGAGCGAGCAAACCCGGGACCAAUGACACUGACGUCAUUCCCGAGGAGGAGGAUGAUGAAGGUGGUAGCGGCUCUGCGGGCUCCCAGAAGCCCAGCGGCGGUGUCGACCCGCGUGAAGUCGCCGGCAGCAGCGGUGAUGGCGGUCGAGUCUCGCAGCCCGUGGAGGUCCAGCCUGGAUCCUUCAGGGAGGAGGUCGCUGACGGCUCUCCCUCUUCGGCGCAGACCCCUACCACGGCUCUGGGGGGCUCUGCCUCUCAGCAGUUGAGGAAGUCCUCCGCCCGUAGGAACGCCUGGGGCAACUACUCCUAUGCAGAUCUCAUCACCCAGGCCAUUGACAGCUCCCCAGAGAAAAGGCUGACCUUGUCCCAAAUCUAUGACUGGAUGGUGAGAUCUGUGCCGUAUUUCAAGGACAAAGGCGACAGCAACAGCUCUGCUGGCUGGAAGAAUUCUAUCCGUCACAAUUUGUCACUUCACAGUCGUUUUGUGAAAGUCCAGAAUGAAGGAACAGGGAAGAGCUCCUGGUGGAUGGUCAACCCAGAGGGUGGAAAAGGAGGCAAAGCUCCACGCCGACGGGCUGUAUCCAUGGACAACAGUAAGUACAUCAAAGCACGAGGACGGGCCACCAAGAAGAAGGCCUCACUGCAGGCCACUCAAGAUGGCAGUUCAGAGAGCUCAUCCAGCCUCUCCAAAUGGACUGGAAGUCCUACCUCGCGCAGCAGUGAUGAGCUGGACGCCUGGACAGACUUCCGCUCCCGGACCAAUUCCAAUGCCAGCACACUUAGUGGUCGUCUGUCACCAAUCCUGGCCAACCUGGAGCUGGAUGAGGUGCCUGAUGAUGACUCUACUCUCUCGCCAAUGCUAUACUCCAGCCCCAGCAGCAUGUCCCCAUCCACUGGGCCCACGGGGCUCUCAGACCUGGCUGGUACCAUGAACCUUAACGACGGGCUCUCUGACAACCUGAUGGAUGACCUUUUAGAUAACAUCAGCCUCACAGCAUCCCAGCAGCCUCCUCCUGGAGAGGAAGACAAUGGAGCCAAUGGCCAGGGGAGCUCAGUGUUUACUUUCAGUUGUUCAGGAAGCAGCCUGGGUAGCCCUUCUGGCAGCUAUGGGCCUAACCCUCUUUUUAGCCCGCCAUCCAUCACAAGUUUGCGGCAGUCACCAAUGCAGACCAUCCAGGAGAAUAAGCAGACCACUUUCUCCAGCAUCUCACACUUUAGCGAUCACCAGACCUUGCAGGACCUGCUCAGCAUGGACUCCCAUAGCCAUAGCAAUGUCAUGCUCACCCAAUCUGACCCUCUCAUGUCACAGGCCAGCACUGCUAUUGCCUUGCAAAACUCCCGUCGCAAUGCCAUGCUGCUCCGGAAGGACCACAUGCUGGUGAACCACACUGGUACAGGUCAGGCCCAAAGUUCUUCAGUGCCUGGUUGGCAAGCUGGCUUGUCAACCUCUGACAAUGGAGGCUUGGGGCUAAGAGGUGACAGCGGCCACCCUGACUCCAAGCAACCACACCUGAAGUCUCCAAGCAAGACUGCCUCUGCACAGCUUGUGUCUGGGUUGUCCAGCCAGGACCGCUUUCCAGCUGAUCUGGACCUUGACAUGUUCAAUGGCAGCUUGGAGUGUGACAUGGACUCCAUCAUCCGCAAUGAACUGAUGGAAGCAGACUGCCUGGAUCUCAGCUUUGACUCUCGUCUCACAGCCGCUCAGAACACGAACAGGAAUUCAGGAAGCUUCUCCAGUUCCAAACAGACCUCGCAUCAAAGCUGGGUCCCGAGCUGAGAAUCUUUUGGAGCUCAGUGAAGAUGAACAUGCUAGGGACAUGUAAAUUGGGGUUCAUUAUUCUGCAUUGUGCAACUAGUGGGGAAAAAGCUUGUGAAAGUGUAUUCAUGUUGUAUUUCUUUUUGUUAUUCCUAAUGUGAGGCAUUAUGUUCAGUACUGUAUUUUAAGUGUCUAAGAUGCAUAAUAGUGUCUUCACUGUGGAGGACAAAAAAAAAAAACUCUUUAAAAGAAGACUGAUGCUGGGGAAACAACAGUACUGAGUGGAACCGAUCGACAGGACACUUACAUGAAAGCAUCAACUAAAGUUCGUCUCAGGGAGUCACGCAAAUGACAAAGUGAAACAUGAAAGUGAUGAUGAAUUAUGUUUUCACCCUGCUUUCCCUCCUCUUCUCUUUCACACCCUUUCAUACCUAAACCAACAUUUUUGCCAAACCAGCCGUCGGCCUGUUAGAGCUGACGGCCUGUUUACAGAAAAAAGCUGCAGAGAAUGUUGCAUUACGUUCCAGUGGAGCAUACUUGACAAGCUUUUUUUAAGUUUCUUUGAGAGACGUAGCCUAAAUGGACUAAAAGAGUAAAAAAAAAAAAACUGUUGAUGAAAAGCUUUUUUUCCCAUUGAUGCACCGUGUCACAUGCACCAAAUAUCAAUCUGUAGAGGUAAUAUUUAAUCAAGAUGAGAACUGAUCUACAUUGUGUGGUUUUGUAUGUAUUGUUUUUUAUUUUUAUAUUUUUUCCCUGUGAUUUUAGUGACAUUACUGUGAAUUCCUUCCUUCUGAAGAGGUGCGUCACUGAAGUCUUGAUAAUAUGGUGUUUCUGCUGCAGAUCCACUUCUACCCCCACCCCCCCUUUCCCUCAACUGCAAUAUUGAAAGUCCUGCUCAGUAUCCAAAGUUUAGGGCAGAAUUAAGGACAGUGUUUAGUGAGUAACAUGAUUUUAGCUGUAGUUAACAUAAUUUGCAACCACAAUAGUGGAGGAUUUGGUACUGCAUUACAAUAACCACAGCACAACACUACAGUUUUUGGUGUUAAUUUGAAAGAGUACUUGGUGCUAUAAAUAUGAAAGAUAGCAGGGAGUGGCUGCCCACAGAGUAGCCUCCCUUUGCUAUCAGCACUAUAGCAGGUGCUGAGUAAAAAUGUUUCCAACCCUGUGAGGAGGUUGUAUUUUAGAGACUGGUUUUUUUUUUUGG